AUGUCAAUGAACGAUAUGGUUAGUCUGACAUUAGACGAGAUUAUUGCACGUAGUGGCCAAAAAUUUCGUGCCAAGCGUACUGGAUUUACCAAACGAAACAGUUUCCGCAGCGGCUUACGUCGACGCUCGAAAGGGAAUUUUCGUGCGAAAAAUUUGAAACAGGAAAGUAACGUGUGCAUUGUAAACAUUUCAAAUCUUGGACCAAUGGUUACCACAUCUGAUCUGCAGGAAUUGUUUUCGGGGUUUCCUUAUGAGGAUGUUGCAGUGCAGUAUGAACCAAAUGGCAUCCCGUCUGGGACUGCUGUUGUAAUAUUUAAAAAAUUCGAAGACGGUAUGAAAUUGAAACGGCAGUUUUCAGGAGUCAGAUUGGAUGGGAAAGUGAUGGAGAUAUUCGUGCUAACGAAAAAUGAUUUCUUGCGUGGAGUUUCGCAGGGUCGCAUAAAAAAGCGCGUGACAAGAGGCAGCACUCGAUUUGGUAUUAGCAAUUUUCAGACAAAGAAACGAGUUGGUAACUUUGUAAAAUCACGAACUUUAGCUGCUCGUAAAAAUCGUCCGACAAGUGAAGAAUUAGAUCGAGAAUUAGAUGCCUACAUGCGUGGUUCGAAACACCCAAAAGUUUCUGCGCCAUGA